GACACACUGAUGCCAGUAGCAGUAGGGCUUGGAGAAGCAUACAUUCUGAUGCUGAAUUUUCUUCAGACCGACGAGUCACGACGUCUCCUACUAGUCUGCUACCACCAGCACGCGAUGUGAAUGAUCACUUUCAGCAGCUGGUAGGAAAAAGCCGUAGAAAUUAGCAGGGGACAGAAGGAAAACUCGAUCCGCUUUCCUUCUUGUUCGCAAAUUCAGCGGAAUUUUCAACGGGGAACACGACGAGUCCACGAGUCACGCGUACGAGGAACCCCGCGCGGGAAUUAAUGCGGCCGCCCUCGCCACAACCACCGCGAUCCCCGUGUCCGUGAGGAAGAAAAAGGCGUCGUGCUCUGGGCUCCGUCGCCGCCCCGCUCUGCAAGGCCAGCAACCGGCAGCCGCCGUCGAUUACGUGAGGAGUCGGAGGGGGGAGGAGGGGAGGGGAGGGGAGGGCAGCGAGGCGACGAUCGAUGGAGACGGUGGAGGAGGACGUAGAGGAGUACAGCUGGCGGGAGGUGGUGCUGCCGCGCCUCGUCCCCGUGGUGCCCGACGCGCCGCCGGAGCUCGAGCGGGAGACCGGGGAGCGGCGACGCGGCAGGGACCUCCUCGUCGCCGUCGACUUCGGCCCCAACUCCAAGCACGCCUUCGACUGGGCGCUCGCGCACAUCGCGCGCGUCGCCGACACGGUCCACCUUGUCCACGCCGUCUCCAAUGUGCAUAAUGAGAUUGUGUAUGACAAAAGUCGGGAGCUAAUGGAGGAUCUGGCUAUUGAGGCAUUCAAGACUUUAUUGGUCCGUACCAAGGCACGAAUUGUUGAAGGGGAUGUUGGAAAAGUAAUAUGCCGAGAAGCAGACCGACUGAAGCCAGCAGCUGUCAUUCUUGGUACACGUGGUAGAGGCCUUAUUCAAAGUGUGCUGCAGGGAAGUGUCAGUGAGUAUUGCUUCCACAACUGUAAAGCGGCACCAAUUAUCAUUGUGCCAGGCAAAGAAGCUGGUGAACAGUCUGUGCUUUGAAGGAAGAUAAGCGGGAGGCAGUGGUUGUUGUGCUUUCAGUUUAGGUGUAGAGUGUUGUAUAUUGUUGUUGGUUUGUUGUGGGAACAUUAUUUAGGUGCUUUGUUUGUAAUCUGAAGUUCUGAACCCUCUGUAUUGUUUGGCUCUGAAGGAACGUUUAGAAAUUGAGUGUAACAGACAAACAUAUAACAGGAGAAAUGUACUUGUAUUGCCAUUGCUGACAGAAUA